AUUCACAACCUCUUGAGGGGCAGAUGAAGCCGAGGAAGGCGCGCAGCGUGGGGGCAUCGCACGCGGACGCUGUGGAGAGGAGUAUAAGUGCCGAAGCGCAGUCCAGGGAGAGCUUUGUGGAAGCGGUACAGGGUGGGUUUAACCCCAGACCUGAGCAGAGACGCCCGGGGGAGGAAGCCCGAGUCUCCAACCCGCGCCAGAAUGAACCCCACCUGGACACGUCCACCUUCGCUUUGGCGGGAGACUCCGCGCACAAUCAGGCGAUGGUGCACUGGUCCGGACACAACAGCAGUGUGAUCCUCAUCUUGACCAAGCUGUACGACUUCAACCUCGGGGCGGUCACCGAGAGCUCUCUGUGGAGGUCCAGUGAUUAUGGAAGCACCUAUGUCAAGCUCAAAGUGGGAUCCAGGACGGUGCUCAGCUACUUGUAUGUGUGCCCCACCAACAAACAGAAGAUACUGAUGCUUAGCGACCCGGAGGUGGAGAGCGCCGUCCUCAUCAGCUCAGAUGAAGGGGCCAGCUUUGAGAAAUACCCCAUUAACUUCAACAUCCUCAGCCUGCUCUUCCACCCCGCACAGGAGAACUGGAUUCUGGCGUACAGUCACGACAGUAAGCUCUACAGUUCAAUGGAUUUUGGAAAGAAGUGGCAGUUUGUUCAUGAAAAUGUCAUGCCAGGGAGAUUCUACUGGGCUGUGAUGGGUCUGGACAAAGAACCCGAUGUUGUCCACCUCGAAACGCGCAUCUCCAAGAACCGUGCUCAGUAUGUAAAGUGCCGGGCCCAGAGGUGCAGUGAAGCCCAAAGACAGUACCUGUUUCCUGGACAUGUCGAUACCAACUCCAUGGUGGUGCAGGAUGAAUACGUCUUCACCCAGGUAACCAAGUCCGGCCGCACAAGCUACUUUGUGUCCUACAUGAGAGAGUCCUUCAAGCAAAUGAAAUUACCCAAAUACUGCCUUCCGAAGGACAUGCAUAUUAUCAGUACAGAUGAGAAACAAGUCUUUGCAGCAGUACAAGAGUGGAACCAAAACAACACUUACAGCCUGUACAUAUCAGACUCCCCGGGGGUCUACUUCACCCUGUCAUUAGAGAACCUGAGGACCAGCAGGGGACUGGCCGGGAAUCUCCUCGUCGACUUUUAUAAGGUUGAGGGCAUUAACGGCAUGUACCUGGCCAACAAACUGGUGGAUAAUCAAGUCAAGACGUUUAUAACCUACAACAAGGGCCAAACAUGGGCUCUGCUGCCUGCCCCGGCUGCUGACAUCGCGGGGAACAACCUGCACUGCAUCCUGCCAUUUUGUUCGCUGCACCUUCACCUGGAGAUGUCCGAGAAUCCGUACACGUCUGGACCAAUCACGAGCAAGAAAUCGGUGCCGGGGAUCAUAGUGGCUACAGGGAAUAUUGGCACUGAGCUGUCCACCACCAAUCUUGGCAUGUUCAUAACCGCGGACGCUGCAAAUAGCUGGCGACAGAUAUUUGACGAGGAGCAUAACAUUUGGUUCCUGGACAAUGGUGGCGCACUGUUGGCAGUUCUACAUGCCGCCCAACCCAUCCGACACUUGUGGAUCAGUCUGGAUGAAGGAAAGAAAUGGGAUCGGCAUACUUUCUCUUUAGCACCUUUGUACGUGGAUGGUGUCCUGAUGGCACCCGAAUCUGAAAAUCACAUUAUCACGUUCUUCGGACACUUCAGCUACAGGUCGGAGUGGCAGCUGAUCAAGAUCGACUACAAGGGCAUCUUCAGCAGGAGAUGUAUGGACGGGGAUUAUCAAACAUGGCACCUGCACUACAAGGGGGAGCUCUGCGUGAUGGGGGAGAAGCAGAUCUAUAUGAAGCGACGACCGGGGAACCGCUGCAUGCUGGCCCAGGACUACUCCCGGAUCUAUUCAUCUGAGCCCUGUGUCUGCAACUCCUAUGACUUUGAAUGCGAUUAUGGUUGGGAACGCCAGACGGACGGAAAGUGCUCCCCUGCCUUUUGGUUUAAUCCAAAUGGUGCUGCUAAGAGCUGUAGCAACAGUCAGAGUUUUCUUAACAGCACAGGGUACCGUAAGGUUCUAUCAAACAACUGUAAGGAAGUGGGACGGAACACCUUCUCCCCCAAGAGGCAGACCUGUCGCCCCAGAGCACCCCAGGGCCUUCGCCUGUCCACCAGCACUGGAGAGCUCAGCGCCAACGUGGGAACCAAUGUCACCUUUAUGGUCCAGCUGGAGGAUGGAGACGCUCAGAGGACUACCAUGCAGCUCGACUUCGGGGACGGCAUCCGAAUCACCUACUCCAACCUGAGCAGGACCAACGAUGGCAUCAGGCACAUCUACAGAACCACAGGGAUUUACAGAGUCUCCGCCCACGCCCAGAACAGCCAGGGAUCCGACAGCAGCGCACUGUUCCUGCAUGUCACUAGUCCAGUGGAGCGCAUCUAUCUCUCGUCUCCCAUAGUGACGGUCCGAGGGAAGGAGGCCAAUCUAAGCGUGCUGGUUUGGCCCAACCACACCAGAACUCUGACCUUCUUCUGGUGGUUUGACAACAGCUCCGAGCCGCUCAUAACCUUGGAAGGAAGAACCUCGCACACAUUUCAGAGAAUCGGCCAAAACAAGGUCACGGUCCAGGUGGCCUCAGGGAGUAACGUCAUGCAAGACUCCAAAGUGAUCACUGUCAAAGAUUACUUCAGGUCUCUGCUGCUGUCCUUCUCCCCUGCACUUGACGAGCACAACCCUGACAUCCCCGAGUGGAGGGAGGACAUAGGGCGCGUGGUGCGGACAACUCUCUCACAGGUCUCAGGUGUAGCGGAGGAGCAGCUGUUGGUAUCACUGUACCCAGGACUGCCCACCACGGCCGAGCUCUUCAUCUUGCCUGACGCACAUGUGUCUGGGGAGCACAAGAGGAGGAGCGAGGAGCUGGACACGAUAUCAGAUAUUUUUGUCACUGCCCUGAAUCAAGGCUUGGUCCAGUUUGAACUCAAAGCUAAUAUCCGCAUCAUUGUGUACGUCACUCAGCAAACUUUAGCUCCUCUGGUGGACUCCAACUCCAUCCACAGUGGGCCGGCCAUGCUCAUGCUGCUCAGUGUGGUCAUAGUGGGGGUGGCAGCCUUCUUCAUCUACAAGUUCAAAAGGAAAAUUCCUUGGAUCCACGUGCAGACUGAAGACACCCAGGAGAAGGAACCAGAGGUGAUCAGCACAGUCAGCCCCAAUGACAACAUGUCCACCCUGCCCACCAUGUCCAAAAUGUCCACCAUGUCCAAUAUGUCCAAUAUGUCCAAUAUGUCCACCCUACCCAAGAUGAAGCUGAGCGACUUCCCCUGUCAGAAGGAGCUGCUGGAGAAGGAACUGGAGGCGCGUAGCCGAGGAACUAUGGGCCGGAAUAUGGACCGAAUUGUAACCAGGGAAUUCCCCAACUGUACCAACGUGUAA